AUGGUCAAUUCCAUAUACUUCCUCCUGCUUCUGUCUCUACUAGCCUUUGCCCCCUUCUGUCACUGUAGGAAAAAAAUAGGAGGUUACCUCUACCCACAAUUUUACGAUGAUUCAUGCCCCAGAGCCCAAGAAAUUGUUAAGUCCAUCGUUUCCAAGGCUGUUGAAAAAGAACCCCGCAUGGCUGCUUCGUUGCUGAGACUACAUUUCCAUGACUGUUUUGUCAAGGGUUGUGAUGCAUCAGUGUUGCUAGAUAGCAGUGGAACUAUUAUAAGUGAGAAGAGGUCAAAUCCUAACCGUAAUUCAGCUCGAGGAUUUGAAGUCAUUGAUGAAAUUAAAUCCGCAAUAGAGAAAGCAUGCCCACAUACAGUGUCUUGUGCUGAUAUUUUGGCUCUCGCGGCCAGGGAUUCAACUGUUCUUACCGGUGGACCAAGCUGGGAAGUACCUUUGGGCAGAAGGGACUCUCUAGGAGCAAGCAUCAGUGGCUCAAAUUACAACAUUCCUGCCCCCAACAACACAUUCCAGACCAUCCUAACUAAGUUCAAGCUUAAGGGGCUUGACAUUGUUGAUCUAGUUGCCCUGUCAGGAAGCCACACAAUAGGAGAUUCACGAUGCACGAGCUUCAGGCAAAGACUCUACAACCAAACUGGCAAUGGAAAGGCAGACUUUACUCUUGACCAAAACUAUGCUGCUCAAUUGCGCACUCGGUGCCCAAGUUCUGGUGGAGACCAGAAUCUGUUUGUCUUGGACUUUGUCACCCCAAUAAAAUUUGACAACUACUAUUACAAGAACUUAUUGGCUAACAAGGGUUUAUUAAAUUCUGAUGAAGUUCUCUUAACAAAGAAUCAAGUAUCUGCAGAUUUGGUGAAGAAAUAUGCCGAAAGAAACGAUCUUUUCUUUGAACAAUUUGCCAAGUCCAUGAUUAAGAUGGGAAACAUUACUCCUUUAACAGGAUCAAGGGGAGAGAUAAGAAAGAAUUGCAGAAAGAUUAACACUUAA